UCGGCAGUAUAUAAACGUUUACUUUGCUGGUCGUUUUUCUUCAGUCGUGUAUAUUUCGUAUAGAAGCCCUGCAAAUCAGUUGUGGUUUUUUUAUAUUUACACUAAAAAUGGAUGUAUGCAACAAUGGAAAUAAUGGUGAACUGACUUCACUCUCAAAAUAUAGAGAAAAUGGUACAAAUGUUGACUCAGGUUAUGGUGACAGUUUUUGCAGUACUGCGGAUGCAAGCGAAUUUCAGGUUAAAGAAAGUCCAAUUCAAGAAUGUACUCCUGAUGAAGAAGAAUUGGGAAAUGUCACAGAAUUUGAAACUGAGUUUAACAAUCUUAAUUUGAAUGAUAAAAAUGAGCUUACAGACGAAACUCAAGUAGCAUCGCCACCCCAGAAAAACGAUAGAGAACUCAGACAACUUAUGGACUACAUAGUAAAAGCCUUUACUCCAGACGAAGACAACGACACGUACCUGACAAUACUUCUUGCAAAAAAUGAGAAAAAUCAAGUUGCACAACUGAUAGAAAUUUGCCCUAAAUCUACAUACCUUGACAUACAAAACAAAUUUGGGCAGGCUGCUAUUCAUGUUGCUACGUACUUAAAUGCUGCUCCGAUUGUGUACCUUCUAAUUUUAAAAGGUGCAAGAAUUGACCUAGUUGAUAAUGGUGGUAAAAAUGUAUUUCAUAUUUGUGCUGAACGUGGACAUAAAGAAUCGUUAACUGCAAUAUUAGAGGCUGGCAAUAAAACAAACCAACUCAACGAAAUGAAGCAAUUAAUAAAUGAAAGAGACUAUUCUGGAUUUUCACCAUUUUACCUAGCAGUUUCGAAGAAACAAGAAGCUUUGUGUGGAUUACUAAAAAAGUUAAAUGUCGAUGUCAAUUUAUGUGAUAUCAAAAAUGGCAAUUCACCUUUACAUGAAGCAGUAAUUCCACAAUCGAGUGAUCCUGUAUUUGUACGUUUUUUAUUAAAUGACUGUGACGUUGAUGUCAAUUAUCAAAACAAUGCUGGUAUAACUCCACUUCAUGUUGCUGCUGCAAAGGGAGAUAAAGCAAUAUGUUCUGUGCUGUUGAUGUAUGGUGCAGAUGUAAAUCUGCAAGACAUCAAUAAGCACAUCCCUGUGCAUUAUGCUAAUGAUAAUGAAAUUAUCAAGUAUUUGCAGUCGUAAAGUUGCUGACAUGCAAGAAAGUGGUUGCUGGAGAUUUUAAAAAAAUCAGUGGCAAAGAAGUGGUACCAAUUCAACAUAUUGAGUUAAGUUUUCUGCAGUAAAGAAUGCCCUUUAAAGGUGUAAUACAUGUUGCAAGCUUGAAGUAAAUCAUAGAAGUGAUGGCAGUAUUAGUAUUUUGAUUUCUAAUGUUGAUAUGAACAAGCUUGGCAUAACCCACAAAAACAGUUACUAGCAUGCUUCCAUUUUUGUGAAGCCUGAAAUAAUUUUAUUGUUUUUUAUUGUAUAUAUUAUCUCUACAUAACACAAAUCUUUAGAGAAGAAGAAAAUUGUUAUUGAAAUUGUUUGUUAACUGGUGUGAGUCUUUCCGUUUUAAUGUUUAAAGUGUGUAAAAGUAAAAAAAAUUCAGUAGAAUCUUAGAGAUAUUUAUAUCUCCAUUGUAGAAUGCACAACUUGUGGUUGUAAGUUCUGUUAAAGUUUUUUUAUCGUGACAUUCUUUGUUUUGCUGAUUCAUUCUAGUAGGCGUAUAGCAAUUAGUCAAAAUAAAUUAGCAUAAAUUUUAUUGUAUUGUGUAAUGAACCAAUCAUCUUAUAAAGAUUUAAGAAAGUACCUUGACGUCAA